AUGGAUGGGGGACAUUUGAAGAAUGGUCCGAAGGGUGCUGUUGCGUCGGGGAUGGCCCAGCCGGUCGAAGUACGUGCUGAGGAGCGGUCCGCGGCCAUGGAUUCGGAGGAAACUAUCUCUGGGGAUGACGUUCUCUCCUUUGAGUUGAAACGGCGUGAAGAUUCUGCUGUCCAAUCUAAGCAAAGUCAGGCUGGCCGUGUUCGACGAGUGGUCAAGGCUCUGGAAACCGGCCUAGUGAUGAAUGAUGAAUCUCCUAGGAGAUGGAUCCGGAAGUCGCGCUCUCCAGAGCCCACUCUUGCGAGGGUGGAUGAGGAAGGGCUGUUGGGAAUUAACGCUUAUGGUACCAAUUUAUUGGAUCCCUCGAUCGGGGGUCUAAAGAGGCCACUGGAGGGUGACAUUGCGGGAUCCCCAGUUCCGAAAAAACAAUUUGUGGAGGAUGAUGAUAGUCUUGAUAAGGUGGAGGAAGCCAGUCUUGAGUGGCCCCAGUCAGAUAAAUGA